AUGAAGAGAUUAUUGAUAAUUUGUAUCUUCUUGAGAGCGACGGCCAUAGUGUCUGGACACGGGGGCCGCAUCGUGAACGGCAAACCGGCGGAGCACCACGAGUUCCCGGCGCUGGCGUCUCUGCACGUGAACGGCGGCCACUACUGCGGCGCCAACGUGCUCUCCGAGAAUUGGCUGGUCACCGCCGCGCACUGCGUCACCACCAGCUUACCGUCUCAGCAGUACAUACUGGCCGGCACGAACUCACAGACCAGUGGAGGGUCCGUCCACCAAGUGGAGCAGAGCAUCGUACACCAGAACUAUACUGGACUAGUGGACUCAGCUGCAGACAUAGCAUUGCUCAGGGUGCUGGAGUUUUACCCAAGUGCUGUUGUUAAUCGUAUGCGUGAAGUUAGGCUGUGGGCCACGGCGUGCGGAGAUCCUACCGGCAGGCAUAAGAACGGCGCCAGCGUGUCUGGGCACGGAGGCCGCAUCGUGAACGGCAAACCGGCGGCGGACCACGAGUUCCCGGCGCUGGCGUCUCUGCAUGUGAACGGCAGCCACUACUGCGGCGCCAACGUGCUCUCCGAGAACUGGCUGGUCACCGCCGCGCACUGCGUCAAGACCAGCGUACCGUCUCAGCAGUACAUACUGGCUGGCACAAACUCACAGACCAUUGGAGGAUCCAUUCACCAAGUGGAGCAGAACAUCGUACAUGUGAACUAUACUGGUCUAGUGGGCUCAUCUGCAGAUAUAGCAUUGCUGAGGGUGUCUUCUCCGUUACCUGUGGAUGGAGUAACCAUCUCUACUGUGACGCUGCCAGUGCAGGGCCAGGAGGUGGAUGAUGGGGCGAAUGCUAUCGCCGCUGGAUGGGGCUACCUGUCGGGUGAUUCUGGGGGACCUCUAUACGUGAACGAGCAGCUUGUGGGCCUGGUUUCGUUCAGUCGCUACUGUUUUCAAUCGCCGAGCGUCUACACCAGGGUCCCCGUGUUUGUCGACUGGAUCAAAGAAAACUCGCAGUAG